AUGGACAGUCCACUCAAUAUCAAGUGCAAGAGGGUUAGCCCUGAUGAUCACCCUAGCCGCCAGGUCAUCAGCAACAAGGAAGAAGCAGAGGACAUAGAGGAGUUCAGUGGCAACUCAGAUAAUGACAACAGAGACGGCCAUGACAACCUGGCUGACAGGGACACCAUCCUCAUCAGUGAACUCUGCCCUGAGGAGUACACUGACGCAGUGUCAAGGCUGCAGGCCAUUGGUAUUGCUGUUGUUCAGGAUGACCUGCCAUAUAGCAUGCCCAUGGCUACCAUGGCCCUUGACAUUCCUGCACAUGAGGUUGAGGAAGUCGCCCUCCUUCUUGCUGUGAAGUGGACAGUGCCAGGGAGGGUCUCCAUUGGUUGCUUCUUACUGACCAGCAACCAGAUCAAGUUAGCUGUGUGGGUGGCCAACAAGAGCAAUGUCGCCAUGGUCACUGCUGAUGUGCUGGCCACACACGCCCUCUGCCAUGGCAUUGAAUUUGACCACUGCCUCGUGGCUGUCUCCAUGGUCGUCCCUGGGACCUGGACCCUCACACUUGAAGACCCUGACCUGGCCAACCAGCUGUGCUCCCUGUACAAGGUUGUGCUGUUCAGUAAGGAGCUGAGCAUCAGCCCCUGGAAAGAGAGCUUCAGGCAGGCUGAGCAUUGGGCCUAUGUCUCAGGCAUUGCCAAGACCACCUCCAGGAGAGGAGUAAUUGAGUUCUUCUGCCUGAAGUGUGGAGAGGUGACUGAUCACCACUUUGGGAAGCUACCUGAUGGCAGAAUGGCUCUGUGGAUCACCAUCCAGUUCAAAAUGGCUAAUGGCCUGACCAAGGCCCUCCAAUUUGACAAGGAGUGCAAGGUGGAUCUCAAGUGCCAAGUUGGCUCAGAGACCAGGCAGGCUGCUAGAGCUGCUGCCCAGCAAGCCUGCCAACAGUGCCAGGCCACCAAGAGAGCCAGCAACGCUGCUGCUAUGGCAGAGUACAUGCAGAACGCCCUCCUCCUGGCCCAGAACUUCCCCAGGCGUACCUGA